GUUUGAGAUUACAGAGACUAAAAUCGUGAGAGGACGAACGAAACGGAACACAAGAGAACAGCGCGCAGAGUGAGAGAUACAUAGUUGUUGGGAGACACCGAAACAGGAUUUGGAACACGAAACACUUGUGACGAAAUCGAAUUGAGGUUACUGUUUUUGUCUGCUUGAUGGUGUCGGUGAACCCAAACCCCGCCCAAGGCUUUUACUUCUUCGAUCCCUCCAAUAUGACCCUUCCCGGCGUGAAUUCUCUUCCGCCGCCACCGCCGCCGACUCAGACUCCAGUCGCUGCCCCCGCCGUGGAGGAUCCAAAUAAGAAGAUCCGGAAACCCUACACGAUUACCAAGUCCAGGGAGAGCUGGACCGAGCAGGAGCAUGACAAAUUUCUAGAAGCUCUCCAAUUAUUUGAUCGGGACUGGAAAAAGAUUGAAGCAUUUGUUGGUUCAAAAACUGUUAUCCAGAUAAGGAGUCAUGCACAGAAGUAUUUUCUAAAAGUUCAGAAGAAUGGAACAAGUGAACAUGUUCCUCCUCCCCGACCAAAGAGAAAAGCUACUCACCCAUACCCUCAAAAGGCUCCUAAAAUCACUCCUACUGUAUCCCAAGUUAUGGGCCCACUGCAACCUCCAUCUGCUUUCAUUGAACCUGCAUAUAUUUAUAGCUCGGAUUCUUCAUCUGUUCUUGGAACUCCAGUUACCAACAUGCCUUUGUCGACUUGGAACUAUAAUGCUAAACCACCAGUCAAUGUGCCACAAGUGACUAAAGAUGACAUGGGCUUGACCGGAGUGGCACAAACUAUUCCUCUUAACUGUUGCUAUAGCAGUAGUAAUGAGAACACCCCUCCAACUUGGCCAAGUAGCAAAAAGAUGAAUCAAGGUGGCCAGGGCAAGCCAAUUAAAGUAAUGCCAGAUUUUGCUCAAGUCUACAGCUUCAUUGGCAGUGUCUUUGAUCCAAAUUCGACUAAUCACCUUCAGAAACUAAGACAGAUGGACCCAAUAAAUGUAGAAACGGUAUUGCUGUUGAUGAGAAAUCUCUCGGUCAAUUUAAUGAGUCCAGAGUUUGAGGACCAUAAAAGGCUGCUUUCAUCAUAUGAUACCGACUCUGAUGAAUCGAAGCAUGUUAAUAUUUGCAGCACUACUAAAUCCGAGAGUGCUAUUCUGUCUGCAUAAGGAUGUGGAGAGUGGUUUUUCACUGAAGAGUGUUUUAUUCUGUCUGCAUAAGGAUGUGGAGAGUGGUUUUUCACUGAAGAGUGUUUUGAAUCUAUCUACUGAAGAAUGCACAUAAAGAGGGAGCGAGAAGGUUAAAAAAGACAAGGUUUUUGGUAAAAGGAAGUGUAGCUUCUUAAUGCUUGCAUAUGUAUAUAAGACGUACAUAUAUAAAUAUAUACAUACAUAUAUACUUAUAUGUAUGUAUAACUUUUGGUUUGAGGUUUUGUUUGUUUCUGGCAGUGAUAGAUGGUAGAUAUGGUGGUGUUUUGUAUAUGUUUUGAAGAUGGUUGUCCUUGGAGUGUAGGACAAUGAGAGUCCUGUUAGGUCACUUGUGGAGGCUUUACUGUACAGUCUGAGUGUUUUUGUGUUAUGCUGCGAAGCUUUGAAUUAGCAUUUAAUAUUUAAGAGCAGUGUUAGGAAUUAGGGGCAAUCGUUUGCCUUGUAUAUAUAUAAAGCAAUAAAACAGUGUAGAUAAGUUUCUCUCCU